UUAGCCUUUGCAUUUUGCAACCACUCCUAACCAUGAGUGCAUUGUAGGUGCUGCCGCCAUGGUACAACUGAGUCGUUUUUUCAGUUUUUGGGACUACAGAGUGGGUUUAAGGGCUGUCCAUCGACCCAAAUGAAGAAAAAAUCACCCGCAUAAUCAGUCGCCCGACUCGGCAAGUCGUCGUCCAUCGUCCUUUCCCACAGCAGCCGAAUUGCUUAAUCUUCAUCGGCACUACAUACGAGGCGACGGCCAGUCUUCUUCAACGGUGAGUCUGCACCAACUACCAGCGUCCGCCGCACCCUUGCGACCCACCCACCUGCUAGGUUGCUACUGCGCGCAACGCGCUGCCCUGUCGUCCGCCACCCAGUGUGACUAGCUGACUGCUGACAGCGUCUGUCCGCUGCGCCUGCUGACUACUUUCGACUCACUACUCAGCCAGCUAUGGGCAAAAGAUUAAGCACUUAUGCUCUUAUUCCUCAAGCUGCUGUUGACAUUAUUGUUCCUUACUGAUUAGACUGCUCUACGAGUACUUUGGGAGGCUUCAUCAGGUAAACGAUUUCUAUGAAAUUUUUAGGGUAUUCCGAUGGUUGUGAAGGAAAACAGCGUUUUUUAAAUGAAAGUGUUGACAUGCAAUAGCAGAAUACCCUUAUUUGUGCACUGCUUGACCUGUUUUGCUUCAUUCUUUAUACCAUGACUCAUUGACUGACACUGACUCUCCCAGUCUUUAUAUCUGGGUUUUUCUGUGAGAUAUUCUGCAUUGACAAGAUCAGUAAAUUUAGUUAGAACUUCUUUGGUUGAACAUAGCAGUUCUGUUGCUGCCUAAUCUGAUGUUUAUGCAGCUUGUGCAGUUGCAUUUUUUAAUAAAAUAUUGAAAAGAAAAAUAACAUGCAUGCAAUUUUCAAGCAAUUAGAUCAAAUUACAUGUAAAAAAUCGGCUUGAAAAUAUUUUGGAAUAUCCAAUAAAGAGGCUGGGAGGAAAGGGAGAGGAAGACUCAAACAGAUGUGGAUUACACAUUUGGAGUUAGGAGUGAUAUUCUUCUUCUUGUGUUAGAUGAGAGUAUGGCUUUGGAGAGAGCAAAGUGGAGGGCGGGGCUGAUAUUCAUGUGGCGGAUUGAUCCCUUAUCAUUUUUUUUCACUUUUUUAAUAUCUUUCUUAUAUUUUUGUUAUCUUUUUUUUUAUUAUAUAUAUGUAUAUUCUUUUUUUAUCCUUUUUAUCUGAUCAUUUUUAUGUAUAUUUUAUCUCUAUUUUAUCUUUUUUUUUUUAUAUCUUUUUUAUCAUACCUUAUCUUUUUACUUUUCUUUUCAUUUUGGUUCCGUUAUCAUGCAUCUAUUCAUGUUAGUCAACCCCAAAAUCUUUUGGGACUAAGACUUGAAUGUUGUUGUUGUAUCCAAUGAAGGGGCUGUGACUAAGAGGUCACGAGUUCAAGUCUUGAGAGUGUCCUCUUAUCAAAAUGACAAGGGAGGACCGACUCCUUAUAUACCCUUGUGGUGGGACCCUUCCCCGGACCCUCACCUUGAGGGACGCCAAUGUACACCGAACUGCCCCUUGUCCAAUGAGAGGGUCAAAAAAAUAUAAAAAUGAAAAAAAAAGUCAGCUGGUAAAAUUCCUUCAAGCUUCUAGUGCAGCAAAAAUAUCAGCCUUUCUAGAUACAUGUGGUUGAAAAGGCUGUCUCUUCGAUAACUGCAAAAGAUACAACUGACUCCUCGGUGCAUGUUCAUAAUGAAAAAAUACAGCUAGCUCUUGGUUUCUUGUGCAAAUACAACUAUGAUUGUUAAACACAACAUGGUAAGCGUUGGUGCUGUUUUAGAUCUCUUUUACAUGCUUAACACACUACAACAACUUCUGGAUUGAUAAGCAAAACAAAAAGCCAUAAAACAAAUAAUUUCAACCGGAAUAAACAUAUUUUUAUCAAGACAAAAUAACCAGGAGUAUUUCAUGUUGCGUAUAAAAUUAGCUUUGGUAAUAUACUACAUACAUACAUGCAUAUAUAUAGAUUUUAUAUUAGUGUGUGAGGGAUAAAUCAGACGAAUAUUAUACGAUUUAAAUCUGACAAUUGCUAUGCAGUCUGAGGCAGGGGAGGGUGUAACAGCGGAGGUAGAGACUUUGGGUGGCUUGUUCUGCGUGCAGGUUGCUGGAUAAGUUUAACAAAAAGUAUAUUGGGCACAUAGCUUGAUGUGCUCCAACUGUAAUAAGAGCUUUAAAGCUGUUGUGGCAUCAGGACGCACUGAAGAUUUCAUGGACUCUAAGAGCAUUGAUAAUGAGGAUGAGAAAAUUAAUGAAAUUUCUGGGACUAGGACUAGUGGUAGGAUUAAGGCUAGGAAAAUGACCAGUGUUGGUGAGAUCUUACAGAGGGCAAAGGAGAGAUCGUCGGGAGAUCUGUGUGAAUCAUUGAAUAGAUCGGAUGGAUCAAAUGGUGGUGUUGUGGAAGGGAAGAGUUCAAGGGCAAAGAGAUCAAAGGGCAGUGAACAAGAAGAAGAAGAAGAAGAAGAAGAAGAAGAAGAAGAAGAAGAAGAAAUGACAUUAGCAGAGAUGCAAAUGCAUGUGAUAAAGAAAAAGAAGCAGGAAAGCAAAAAGAGGAAGGAUAUGCAACUGUGUUUAGGUGGAAAAGAAAGUGAAAUAGAGGAAGAAGGUAUGGAGGGUAGGCAUGUGAAAGGGAAGAGGGAGAGGAGCUUCAAGAGAGGGCAAGUUUGGGCGGUUUAUAGUGAUGACGGUGAUGGGAUGCCAAGGCGUUAUGCAUUGAUUGAUGGAGUGCUAUCAUUGAAUCCCUUUAAGUUAAGAAUGUGGUGGUUAGAAUUGGCAAAGAGUGGCAAAAAAAAUGGGUCUUGCGGGAGAUACAGGGUUUCUUCUGAGCAUGCGUUGGUGAUGUCUUCUGAGAUGUUUUCUCAUACUGUGGAUUGUGAUAGAGUGGGGAGACAAUUGUAUACAGUUUAUCCUAAAAAGGGUACAGUGUGGGCUAUCCUGAAAGAUGAAGAUCAGGAGCAGCAUGAGAUCGUCGUGUGUUUGAGCAGUUACAGUGAAGUAUAUGGGCUGAGUUUGGGGUACCUGGAGAAGGUGGGGGAUGAUGGAUUUGGGACAGUUUUCAAGAGGAGAGCGAUUGGUGUUGAUGCGAUAAGGUGGCUUGGGAAGGGAGAGGUUGAUGGAUUGAUGUCCCACCAGAUUGUUGCCAGCAAGGUUUCGGGUGACUGCUGGGAAUUGGAUCCAUCUGCACUUCCUCCUCCCUCACAUGCUCUCCUUUAUCAGUAAGAGGAAUGAGCAGCUUCUGCCCCCAGUGUGUAUAUUUUUUUCAGUGAUGCUUGGUGCUACUACCACUACUGCAUAUAUAGGAGCAGCUGCAUAAUUUUGGCUUUUCUAAUUAUUUUUUUGUGGCAUAUGAAAAUAAUUUAAUUUUUUAACAUAUUGUAAUAGAAGACUGGUUUUAACAUUCUGUCAUGUACCUUAUGGUCUGGUGACAUCUAUGUAAAACUUCCAAAGAGUAGAUCAUAUUUUCGAAUCUGUCUCAACUGAAUAGAUACUAUAAUAAGUUAGAAAUA